CUCCCCCCUCGGGGUUCCGGGGAGGCCAGUAGCUCGAGGCCGUUGGAUCCGAUACCUCUGAGGGCGGUUUCCGGUGUGAAGAAGAAGAAGGCCGCUACCAAGAAGAAGGAGAGGGCCGUCGAUCAAGGAAAGCCCGUAGACAUGCCCGAGGGGUACAGCUGGCUGAACACUGAGGCCCUCGAGAUCAGGUCGAAGGCCGACAGGGCAGAUCUAUACGUGACUCAGCUGCACGUGGGGCCCUCGGCCGAAGUGGUGGAGCCAGGUCCUGACGACGUGUUGUCCAGGGCGCCCGAGGGGUGUAUUGCUAUUCACGUCCUUUCGGUUUCCAUGGGACUCAGGUUCCCUCUGCACCCAUUCCUCCGGGAAUAUCUGCGGUUUGUUGGCUUGGUCCCCUGCCAACUCACGCCCAACAACCACUCCUACAUUGCGGGGUUCCUCCAGCUCUGCAAGUCCCGAGGGGUGAAACCCAGCCUGGAUCUAUUCUUCCAGAGCUUUAAUCUGUGCCGGGGGGGCACGAAAACGGCGAGGGGUACGCCAACCUGCAGCAGAUUGCCCGCUUCAAACUAUUCUCCGAUGCUCCUUCUUCCAACAAAGGAUGGAGGGAACGUUGGUGCUACGUGAAGUUGGAUGAGAGCCCCUUCCCGAGGGAGCUACGUGACCGAUUCCGAAGGCACGAAAAGAUCCGGAGUGCCGCUUUUGAGAAGGACGGCCUAAAGCUGGCCAAGUUCCCGGAGGGGAAAGACAAGAACGUGGCGAUCAAAGACUGCACCCUCGAGGAGGAUUUGUACACCCUCGGGUUCCGGAGGUACCGCUUCAUAGGGGAAACCGAUGAAAAGUACCCUCCCUUCAACAAGGCCUUCGGAGGGGCCGGAGGUAGGAGCCGAGGGCUUUAGAAUUUUGUACUUAGUUUUUUUUUCUUUCUUGGAUGUUAUCGUCCCUUCGCUUAGACCCGUCGGACUAACCCUUUGUUUCCUCUGUGCAGGUAUCCCCGUCUCCAUGGUGAAUGUAAAGGGCCUUGCCCGUUUGAAGAAACAGGACCCGAAGGGGUCGGGACAGGGCAUCCAGAAGCCCGCCACCGCCCUCUUUAAGAAAGCCGAGGGCGAUGCCGCUGCCGGCAAGAGGAAGGCAGUGGCCAAGGGGUCCCCCCCCGGCUACCAAAAAGCCGAAAAAGGGGGAUGUCGCCGAGAAGGAGCCCUCGGUCAUUAUCGCUGAUGAGCCCCCCGCCUCCGGGGCGCAAGUGGAGAAGCUGCCGGUUGGAACGCCGGCGGGGGCAGAGGAGUCGCUGCCUGAGAUCCUCACAGUUGCGUUCCCGAGGGGUAUGUCUUUGGCCAGCGGCGCCGUCGACCCGGGGGCCAUCCUGAGGGGUAUGACCCCUGAGAUGGAUAGGGCUGCCCUCGGGGCCUACAAUGAUGCGGCCCUUGAGGACCACAUUCUCCGCUCCUCCCUCUCGGCUUGCUUAGCCCUCGGCGAACAGGCUCGGAGGCUUCAAGAAUGGCGCCUCCACAGAGCGGAGCAAGACGCC